UCCAUUUUCCACAGCUACCUGCAUGUUUAAAGCUUACCUGCAUUAUAAGGUAAAGGGCUCCGGUAGUAGUAACGUUCCAAUUUCCAAAAGCCCUCCUCCAACACAAAAGUGACAAAACCCCUGCAGCCGCCUCCCCCAACCCGGCUUGUAUAGCAUCCAUGGCCGACGCCAUCGCCAGUACUACUCCAACCACUGACACUGAGACCCUCACAUUGGAUCGCAGCCACCGCCAUGAUCUGCCUCAUCAUGAUCAACCGCUGCUACCGGGACUUCCCGAUCAUAUUUCCCAACUCUGCCUCUCCCUCGUUCACCCUUCGUCACUGUACUCUGUCUGCCGCUCAUGGCGCCGCCUAAUCUAUUCCCCUUCCUUCCCUCCUUUCCUCUCUUUGUAUGCGCUUCUAUCUUCUUCAUCAACAGCGUCUCAAAAUCAUUUGAAUGCCAUUGAUUUCUUCACCUUCGACCCGAUCUCAUCGUGUUGGCAUCUUCUCCCUCAUCCACCACCUGACCCACCCCUCCGUGUCCUCCUUCACCACCCAUCUUUCAUAUCCCGAAACUUUCCCAUUCAAUCCGUAGCCGUCUCCAGUAACCUUAUCCUGCUCGCUGCCACCACCCAUAAUUUUUUCCCAGCACUUUCUCACCCUCUCGUCUUCAACCUACUGUCUAAAGCAUGGACCUUUGGCCCUCCACUCGCCGCACCGCGCCGCUGGUGUGCAGCGGGUUCAGUGCGCGGCGCGGUGUAUGUGGCCAGUGGGAUGGGAUUCCACUACUCCGUCGAUACCGCUCGGUCGGUGGAGAAGUGGGAUUUGCGCAUACAAGAUGAGAACGACAGAUACCACCUCGGAUAUUUCGGAUGGGAGUGGAAAAGAAAGAGCGGGCUUAAAGACGGGAGAUUUAGCAGAGAAGCAAUCGAUGCGGUCGGAUGGAGAGGGAAGCUUUGUAUGGUGAACGUGAGAGGCGAUGCCGCAAAAGGAGCGAUUUACGACGUGGAGAAGGACACAUGGGAGGAGAUGCCGGAAGGCAUGCUUGACGGGUGGAGAGGGCCGGUGGCAGCCAUGAACGAGGAGGUCAUGUACGCGUUGGAUGAGGGUAAUGGAGCUCUGAGAAAGUACGUCCCGGAGAGGGAUGUGUGGGAGAAGAUAUGGGAGUCCGAGAGGCUCAGAGGUGCCCAGCAGAUUGCCGCAGGUGGUGGGCGAGUGUGCGUCGUUUGCCGUGGGGGUCUUGGGAUCAUUGUGGUAGACGUGGUGUCACCACUUCGAAGAUUCUGGGUGUUGGAUGUGCCGGCGGGAUUCGAAGCGGUGGCCGUUCAUAUCCUGCCGAGGAUGGACCGGCUGGAUAUUAGUUUUCCGGUGCAACCUUCUACAUCCAUGGAAAUAAGAUGAUUUUUCAAUAUUUAUUUAUUAAAUUCAUUUUGUUUGGUGAAUUUUGGAGAGACUGG